UCAACACCUAGCUUCAGCGUACACGACAGAAAGCUUCCUCGAGAUCAACACAUUAGACAACACCGCGGACAUGGCAGGCAGCAACGCAACAGUCGCCCAGCGACUCCAAAAGGAACUCAUGGACAUCAUGAUGAAGCCCACACCAGGCAUCACCGCCUUCCCCUCCGACUCCGACAUCACGCUCUGGACCGCGACCAUCGACGGCCCCGCCGACACACCAUACGCAGGGCUGGUCUUCAAGCUGUCGAUGGAGUUCGCCAACAACUACCCUUACAGCGCACCCACAGUGCUGUUCAAGACACCAAUCUACCACCCUAACGUCGACUUCUCGGGCAGGAUCUGUCUGGAUAUUCUGAAGGACAAGUGGAGUGCGAUUUACAACAUUGGCACGGUGUUGUUGAGUUUGCAGAGUUUGUUGGGGGAGCCGAAUAACUCGAGUCCGCUCAACGGCCAGGCUGCUGAGCUCUGGGACAAGGAUCCCGCCGAGUACAAGCGCCUCGUUCUCGCUCGCCACCAGACGCCUGAGGAACUCGACACCUAAGUGUCUUUGGCCUUACGAAUACUCUGGUCCUUCAACACGGUCUUGGGCGGAGUAGACGUUGUGUAUACCUGAGGCCUGGGCUGGUCGUGAGGGCUUGUCUUUUUGGGAACGAUACAUUGGAGUAGGGGGAAGCAGCAUUGCAGGCGUUUAGUGGACUGGCAUGACAGGGGUUGAUGACGCUUCGGCGUAUCUGUUGAUCUUCACCUUGGUGUUAUUUGCUUUUGGAGUACUAAAUGGAUACACGAUACCUUGGUGGCGCAUAAAGAACCUACAUUCCUACGUACACACCUUUACGGUACUCACAAGCG